GUUAUUGUUUUCGCCCAUCGUCAGCCAUUUUGAUCGGCUGCUUUCGGUUCGGAGAAGAGAAGGAAAGUGAUCAACGAAUUAGGAAAAGAAAGACGACUACAUACACCCAUUUUCUGGCCUAUUCAAGAGGUGUCUACAAAACCAUCACACAACCUUCUCUUCCAUAAAUUUUAAUUCAAAAUGGCGAUGCGUCAACCGGCGUGUGUCAUUGACAAUGGCACAGGGUAUACUAAAAUGGGUUUUGCUGGAAACACUGAGCCUCAGUUCAUUAUGCCAUCAGCCAUCGCUGUCAAACAAAGUGCAAAAGUUGGAGGAAAAUCAACUUCAUUCAAAGGUGUAGAAGAUUUAGAUUUUUUUAUUGGUGACGAAGCUGUUGAUAAACCAAAUUAUGCCACCAAGUGGCCCAUUAGACAUGGAAUUGUUGAGGAUUGGGAUUUAAUGGAACGUUUUUGGGAACAAUGUAUAUUCAAAUACUUACGAGCUGAACCUGAAGACCACUACUUUCUUCUCACUGAACCUCCACUAAACACACCUGAGAAUCGGGAAUAUACUGCUGAAAUUAUGUUUGAAUCAUUCAAUGUUCCUGGGUUAUACAUUGCUGUGCAGGCUGUCCUGGCAUUAGCUGCUUCUUGGACUUCAAGACAAGUUGGUGAACGAACUCUAACGGGUACUGUUAUUGACUCGGGUGAUGGUGUUACUCAUGUUAUCCCAGUUGCGGAAGGUUAUGUUAUUGGAAGUUGCAUCAAACAUAUACCAAUUGCUGGCAGAGACAUUACUUUCUUCAUUCAACAAUUAUUAAAGGAACGUGAAGUUGGAAUUCCACCUGAGCAGUCCAUGGAAACUGCCAAAGCGAUCAAGGAGCGUUUUUGUUAUACUUGUCCCGACAUUGUCAAAGAAUUCACCAAGUAUGAUGCAGAUCCUGGCAAAUGGAUCAAACAGUACGAAGGAGAACAUAGCAUCAACAAAAAGAAAUUCUCCGUUGACGUUGGAUAUGAAAGAUUUUUAGGUCCAGAAAUCUUUUUUCAUCCCGAGUUUUCCAACCCUGACUUUUCCACCUCCAUAUCAGAGACAGUAGACAGUGCUAUUCAACAUUGUCCAAUUGACGUCCGUAGAGGUCUAUAUAAGAAUGUAGUACUAUCUGGAGGAUCCACUAUGUUCCGUGAUUUCGGUCGUCGGCUGCAACGAGAUCUAAAACGUGUUGUAGAUUCAAGAUUAAAAUUGAGCGAAGAGCUUAGUGGAGGAAGAAUUAAGCCAAAACCAAUUGAAUGCCAAGUUAUUACUCACUCAAUGCAGCGUUACGCAGUCUGGUUUGGUGGUAGUAUGUUGGCCUCUACACCUGAAUUUUACCAAGUAUGCCACACGAAAGCACAGUAUGAUGAAUAUGGUCCAAGUAUCGCACGCCAUAAUCCUGUUUUCGGUACAAUGUCUUAGUGGAGGUGAAUAUUAAAAAGAACAUAUAAAUAAUUCAUAAUAAUAAAAGGAGAGAAGAAAACUUGGAAUACGAAACUGAAAAAAGAAGAACCAGCUAAUUUUUAUGGAAAAUGGAUUUUUUCUGAUUUAAUGCACACUAAUAGGAAAAUUAUUUUUUUUAUUUGAAGGAAAGAGGGUUUUUCUCAAUGUUGUUUCAUUUAUUGUUCUCUCUAAAAUUUUGUAACUUAUUCGCGUUUUGUUAAAUUUUUUGAUAGAAUAUUUUAUAUAGGACUUUA